CUCUGGUGUUGAACACGCUGUACUGGGAUCAGUUUGCCGAGCGUCACCUGGGACAAGACCGGGCUCACCUGAGCGUGAAGACCGACCUGGUACCGACGAUUCCGGUUGGAAUUUUAGACACUCUUCGCUUCUUUUUUUUUUGGACUCUUUUUAGAAAGUCUGGUUAAAUAUUAAUUCACCUGACUAACUUGACACCGGGCGUCAUGAGGCGUCUUGCCAGUUGUGAGUAGUCGAGGCCAGAGACUUUUAGCAAACAACACCACUUCCGGUGUUUUACCCCCCUCGUUUUUAUUUAUUUAUGACAUUUAAAAAGGAAUAUUAAACAUGCUCGGGGCGGAGAGCAGGCUGGAGAGCCGGCUGGAGAAGCUGGAGGCCCUCAUGAGGAACCCGGAGUCGGUGUUAAACUUGGAAACGCUGCUGGAUUCCAUAAAUGCCUUGGCCCAUGACCUCAACUAUCCUGCUCUACGGAAGAACAAGAACAUUGAAACCUUUUUGAGCCGAUAUGAAAAGGCAGUGAGCCAACUGCGCGAGCUGCAGGUCAAGUUGGAAGACUUCGAAAAGGUGAAGCUGAUCGGAAGAGGAGCUUAUGGAGAAGUGCAGCUGGUGCGACACAAGGCCUCUCGCAAGGUUUACGCCAUGAAGCAGCUCAACAAAUUUGAGAUGAUCAAGCGGUCGGACUCGGCUUUCUUCUGGGAGGAGAGGCACAUCAUGGCCUUCUCGAACAGCCCCUGGGUGGUGCAGCUGUGCUGUGCCUUCCAAGAUGACCGCCACCUCUACAUGGCCAUGGAGUUCAUGCCGGGUGGCGACAUGGUCAACCUCACUAUGAAUUACGACCUACCGGAGAAGUGGGUUCGCUUCUACACGGCCGAGGUAGUGCUGGGCCUGGACGCCAUCCACUCGAUGGGUUUCAUCCACCGCGACAUCAAACCAGACAACAUGCUGCUCGACCAGCACGGACACCUCAAGCUGGCUGACUUCGGCACGUGCAUGAAGAUGGAUUCUACAGGCAUGGUGCACUCUGACACCGCCGUAGGCACACCCGACUACAUCUCCCCUGAGGUGCUCCAAUCUCAGGGUGGCGAAGGUCACUAUGGACGGGAGUGCGACUGGUGGGCUGUUGGCAUCGUUCUAUAUGAGCUGAUAGUAGGGGAGACUCCUUUCUACACCGAAUCCUUGGUUGGAACCUACGGGAAGAUCAUGAAUUUCAAGAACUCCCUCGUCUUUCCAGAAGAUGCGGAGAUGUCCCAGGAAGCCAAUGAGCUCAUCCGUGCUUUUCUCACCGACAGGGAGAUUCGUCUGGGCCGCACAGGAGUGGAGGAGAUAAAACGCCAUCCCUUCUUCAAGAGUGACCAGUGGACCUUUGACAACAUCCGAGAGACGGUGGCUCCUGUCAUACCAGAGCUGAGCAGCGACAUCGAUACGACCAACUUUGACGACUUCGAGGAUGAUAAAGGAAGAGCGGAGACUUUCCCGCCACCGAAAGCCUUCGUGGGCAACCAGCUUCCAUUUGUUGGCUUCACUUACUUCAAGGAAGACCAGCUGCUGAAGGCAAAUAAAAACGGCUCGGAGGAUUCCGAUAACGAAAAGGACAAACUGGAGGAAAAACAGCGUCGGUCUGACAACAAGAAAGAUCAGCUGCAGAAAAAACUGAAUGAACUGGAGGAGCAGCUGGACCAUGAAAUGCAGGCCAAAGACGAGCUGGAGCACAAGUUCCGAAAUGCCACUAACAGUUUAGAAAAGUUGGUCAAAGAGUUGGACAAGGAGAUGAACAGCAGACAGCUCAUGGAGGCCUCCCUCAGGCAAAUGGAGCGCGAGCGAGCGCUGCUACAGCACCAGAGUUCCGAGAACCAGCGCAAAAUGGAGAUGGAGGCGGACAGGAAACGUGGCCUGGAAAAUGAGCUGAACAGCCUGAGGGACCAGUUCGAGGAUCUGAAGAAGAGAAACCACAAUACGCAGAUCUCCAACGAGAAGAACAUCCAGUUGCAGAAACAACUCGACGAGUCUGCCGCCACGCUUCAGGCCGAGCAGGAAGCAGCGGCGAGGCUGAAGAAGAGCCAGGCGGAGAUGCAGAAACAGGUCCAGAGCCUGGAGCUGAGCCUCGCGGAGGCUCAGAAGAAGUGCAAGCAGCUGGAGGAGGGCAAGAUGGAGCUAGAGAAGCAGCUGACGACGCUGCAGGCCGAGCUGGAGGCAGAGAGGAGAGAGCGUGUCGUCAAGGCAGAACUAAUCGCGGACCUACAAGGACAGACGUCUGGCCUGCAAGCGGAGGUGACAGAAGUGAAGUCGUUUCUCUCCUCGGUCCAGACUGAGAAGAACCAACUACAGGAGAAGCUGAAUGACCUCGAGAAGGCAAAGAGCAACCAAGAGAUUGAGUUGACGUUCAAGCUGAAGUCGGUCCAGCAGAGCCUGGAGCAGGAGGAGACUGAGCACAAGGCAACUAAAGCAAAGCUGGUGGACGAAAACCAAAGUUAUCAGUCUAUCGAGAUGGCAAAAUCUGCCUCCUUGAAAGAGCUGGAGCACACGCUUCAGGAGGAGCGCGUCCUGAAGCAGGAGGUGGAGGCAAAGCUGCUACAGCUGAAGAAGGAUCACUCAAUGCUGGACUGUGAUUACAAGCAGAUGCAGAACAAAAUGGAUGAACUGCAGACACAAAAGGAGAGAGUCUCUGACGAGGUCAAGAACCUGAGCCUGCGGCUGGAACAGGAGAUCCACAAGCGCGGUCUAGCCCAGAGUGAGCUGAAAAUGGAGAAACAGCAGGUGACCGUCCUGGGCACCUCGGAGAAGCAGCUCAAGCAGGAGCUCAACCAACUCCUGGAGAUGAAGCAGGUCCUGGACAAACAGAACCACGACAUGCGCAGGGAGAAGCAGGAGGCGGAUGACCUUUUGAAGGAAUUAAAGGACCAGUUGGAAGCGGAGCAGUAUUUCACGACCCUUUACAAGACGCAGAUCCGCGAACUGAAAGAGGAGUGUGAUGAGAGGAACCAACUUCAUAAAGAGGCUCAGCAACGUCUGGCAGAAUACCAGGAGGAAAGGGAAUCGCUCGCAUCCCAGCUGGAAACCAGUCUGACCAAGGCAGACUCAGAGCAGCUGGCUCGCUCUGUCGUGGAGGAGCAGUACUCCAGUCUGGAGAAGGAGAAGAUCAUGAAGGAGCUGGAGAUCAAGGACAUGAUGGCCAGACACAAGCGGGACCUUGGCGACAAGGAGGCCACGAUCAGCUCGCUGGAAGAGUCCAACCGCACGCUCACCGUGGAUGUUGCCAAGCUGGCCAGCGAGAAGGAGGAGCUCAACAACGAGCUGAAAGAACUGCAGCAACAGCUCCAGCAAGCGAAGGAUGAGGAGACAGAGAUGAGCUCAGUCAUGACGUCCUUUGAAAAGCAGGUGCAGAAUGAAAGGACGCUAAAAAUUCAGGCCAUCAACAAGCUUGCCGAGGUGAUGAACCGAAGGGAGACGGUGAGGGGAGUCCACCGAGGCACCGACACCGAGGUGCACAGGAGAGAGAAGGAGAACAGGAAGCUGCAGCUGGAGCUGAGAUCAGAGAAGGAGAAACUCAACAGCACCAUCAUCAAAUACCAGAGAGAGCUGUCGGAAAUGCAGGCGCUAAUCGUAGAGGAGAACCAGGUGCGCCAGGAGCUCCAAAUGACGUUGGCCAGCAAAGACAGCGACAUCGAGCAGCUCCGGUGCCAGCUCACCUCCCUCAGCGUUCACUCCCUGGACUCCACCAGCAUCAGCAGUGCCAACGACUUGGACGGGAGCGAAGGUUACCCAGACUCCAGACUGGAGGGAUUUCUUUCACUUCCUACCAAGCAGACAAAGCGAUUUGGCUGGGACAAAAAGUAUAUCGUGGUGAGCAGUAAAAAAAUUCUGUUCUACAACAGCGAGCUGGACCGAGAGCUGGCUAACCCUUUCAUGACUUUGGACAUAGACAAGCUGUUUCACGUCCGGCCUGUGACCCAGACAGAUGUGUACCGUGCAGACGCCAGAGAAAUCCCUCGGAUAUUUCAGAUCCUGUACGCCAACGAGGGAGAGAGCAAGCGUGAGCAGGAAGUGGCCAUGGAGACCACACACUUCGGCGAGCGCCCCUCCUACAUCAGCCACAAGGGCCACGAGUUCAUCCCCACGCUUUAUCACUUCCCCUCCAGCUGUGAGGCCUGCACGCGGCCCCUCUGGCACGUCUUUAAGCCGCCGCCGGCCCUCGAGUGCCGCCGCUGCCACACAAAGUGCCACAAGGACCACCUGGACCGGAAGGAGGAGGUCAUUGUGCCUUGCAAGGUGAGCUACGACAUGUCCACCGCCAAAGAGCUGCUUUUGCUGACCAACAGCCAGGAGGAGCAGCAGCGAUGGGUCAGCCACCUCCUCAAGCGCAUCCCUAGGAAACACCCGUCACCCGUCGCCUCCCCGCCCCACCUCCCCGAAGGGGCGCCAUCGAGAUCCUCCCCCCGUCUAUCGCCGCGCCGGUCGCCCAGAAACUCGCCCAGAGGCUCGCCCAAAAGCUCGCCGCACUUUUCACCGCACCGCGGGGCCAUUAAGUUGCCGUCCACCAGACAGCAGCCAUCAGGGAAGGCCAGUUAACCCCGGCCGAGCGAGGAGAUCAUCGACUUCUUCGUGGAUGAUUGACAGCAGCGUGGCGCCAAAUCAAGACAAGAGACAUUCACUGAAACUGUAAGAACUUUCCAUAAGAGGAACAAUAGCAUGUCUUCUUAUUCAGGUUAGUCAACACUACCUUGCUUUUAGAAAAGAAUAAAAGCAAAGGACUUUCACCUUAAUGUUUGAAGUGCAAGGUGUGUGUGCUUUGUAUAUAUAAAUGAAGAGGAACGGCACGUUUAGCACAUGCGGAUUGUAAGAAUAUUUUUUAUGAGUGCGUAAUACCUAGAAAUAGUUUACUCAACAGGUUGCCAGAUUAGUUUUUCUCACAUUUGAUCGUGGCAAAAUGUGAACACAAUCAAUCCAUUUUAUCUUUGAUGAUCAAAUAAAAUUAUUGUACCCAAGGUAAAACUUUUGAUUGUGUCUUUAAAAUGCAAUCUUUUUGUAUAAAAGGAAAAAAAAGACCUGCGUUCCUCUCACCCUAUGCAUAUUU